AUGUCGUCGUUAAUUCAUGCUGUUGGCCAAGCGCUUACUGGACAUGGUGAAAACGCCGAAAGAAAGGCUAGUGUUCAUACAAUUGUCUGCGAUGAUGUGAAAGUAAAAUCGACUGUUAGUAGUGAAACACAGUCGAAAGCAUCGAUACACCAUGCGAAUCAUAAAAUUAAUGAUUUGAUGUCUAAAUUAAGCUCAACACAUGCACAGAUCGAUGAGUACUCACGUAGUCGUAAUCAUCAAAUAUCAGAAGCUGUUCAAUCUAGCAUUGAAAGAAUUGUUCAUGAAGCAAAAGUUCAUCAACAUGAAUUACUUGAGGAUACACAAAAACGAUCAAACGAAAUCGAAGAGCAAUAUAAAGAAAAAUUAAUGUUAUUUCUUAAUCAACUUGAUGAAGAAAAAGCUGCAACAUUAGUUAAACUUGAAAAAGAAUUAAAUCUUCGUCAAGAAAUAAUUCUUGAAUCGGCUAGAAAACGUAUUGAUGCAUUAAACGAAGAGGCUAAUCGAUUAAAAAUGAACAUAUUCAAAGAAGCUCAAGCACAAGCAAAUAUAAAAAUUGAAGAAAUUGCCGACAAAGUUGCUCAUCUUGGCGUUGAAGAUGCAACUCGUUGUUUAAAAAGUACAACAACAACGGUUAUAACAACGAAAUCACAUACGGAAGGUCAUGCGAAUGAUGCUAAACCAAUAGGAAAACAUUUUUGA